CCAACGCAUGAGCAACAUCUCGCUGUCCUCCGGCACGGACUCCGUGGGCCACAUGGAUCGCGGCAGCAGCUCCAGUCUCGCUAGCAGCGCCACCGUUGGCACCAACACCAUCACCAGCGGCAUUUCCAAGGAGUGCGCCAAUUACCCCGUCGGCAGUCAGUCGGCCCGUCCAUACGUCCAACUGCCGGGCAUACACAUUUCCAACCCUCCCCAGUACGGGCCAGGGAAUAUGCAGGAAAUAGACGCUGGCAAAAUGGCGCACAACGGCAAGGCACUCACAGGGCGCUACAAUGCCACGCCCACCUAUGGCUUCGACAACGAGCAGAACUACUGCCUGAAUUCCCAACAGUUGCCGUCUCCAAUGCCCCCUCCACCAUACGCCUUGGCACGCGUGAGCAGCACACGCAACUUCGAGCUCGAGAACCACACACCGCCGGCAUGUCCCGGCUCUGGACCCAUUGCCAUGACGAACGGCACCAUCCAGUUGCGCCUCCGCGAUGGCGUGCGCAUUGACAUGACUCUGGACAAGGCGGUGCGCGUGCUCAAUCAGCGCAGCAUGGUGGCAGUUGCUCUAUCACGCAACUGCAGCCACUCGGCUUUGUUCCACCCCAAUGGACGCAUCUUGCAGAGCGGCGCUAAAGUCGAAAUAGUCACCUACGACGGCAUGAAGGGCAAUAACUUUGUUCGCUAUGCCAAGAUGUGGUACAAGGGUGUAAGCUUCACCAGCAUCGCUUCUUAUUUGGCUAAUUUCGAUUUAAUUCCCGAACUUCUCGCAGCGACUCGCAGCAUGGUCCCUCUUAUAUGGCUGAAGCCCAUGACGUGAUUGCCAACUCAGCUU